CCAUACAUAUCUCUCCCAAAUUUGAUACUCACACACUUAACUGAAACCAAGAAAUAAUUAAUCAGAAUGACAAGUUCCGGGGAACCAUUUCCGGCAGCUGAUCUAGAGAAAGAGUUACAUCCGGGCAGCAACAAGGAGUUCGAGGUCGAUUCCGUUUCGUCCGCCGUCGAUGCCAACAAACAAAUCAAGCGUUUGGAUCCGGAUUAUGAUCAGUCUGGCCCCGUUACACCGUCUUACAUGCAAGAGCAACGAGAUGUGGUUGAGAGGAAAGAACAGGAAAGGAAGGAUGCGCUGCAGAGUUUUAAGAAGGCCAUCAUCGUUUCUGGGAUCACCGUCGCCGUCGUCGGCGCACUCUUCGCCAUAACUAAGAAAAUCAGAGAGAAAUGAUUAUAGCAACUAGAAAUUAAAUGUUUAGUUUUUACACUACUUUUUCAUCAUCGGAUUCAUAAUCAUCCAGACCAGACCUUUUAGAUUGGAUUUAAUGCAGAAGUGACCUCAUCGCUAAAAUCUUUCUCUAGUUUCAUGUGUAAUUUUCGAUCCAACAACUCUCUCUUCA